UCUCCCCAUAAGUCUCUCCACUCUCCCUCCCCUGUUGUAGAGUAUCGCUCACCCAAAACCCUAUGAGACCCUAACCCUAACGAUCCUCGAAUUCUCCCAAAAAUGGCGACGACGACAACGACGAUUUCCACUACCUUCCAUGGCCCCAAGCUUUGCGCUUCUCGGAGAAGCCGCUUCUCCGGCGCCGCGAUUCUCACCCCUCCCGCCGUCUCCUCAUUGAGGUUCCUGCUUAAAUUUGAUGUACGUAGGAUUUCUAGUGUGCGGACGCGUAGGUUGUAUCGGUUGGUUUGUAUGGCCACAUCUGCUGCGGGGAGUCCGCAUACGGGCAGUGAUGAGAACCCUUACGAGGUUCUCGGUGUGAGCCCGAUAGCCGGAUUCGAUAUGAUGAAGGCGGCGUACACGAGAAGGCGCAAGGAUGCGGAGAGGAGAGGCGAUGAGGAAUAUGCGGCCAAACUGGAGAGGGCUUAUGACAAGAUCAUGAUGAUGCAGUUGCAUAAUCGGAAAAAGGGAGUUACGUUUGGGUCGUUUCAGGUGUCAAAGGAUAUUAAGUAUGCUGAUAAACAGCCAAUAGUUCCAUGGGGACCAAGGUACUCCAAGUCUAGCUUAAAGGACAUGCGCAUCAAUAUGGCAAUAUCAGCAGUUUUUACUGUUUGGAUAUUCAUAAAACGCAGUGCUGAGUGGAAGCCCUUGCAGUUUCUUGCUUUCGCCUUUUUCUACAGAAUAUUUGAGAAGUUGAAGUCUUUUGAGCCAGCAACAUCCCCCACGCUAAAUGAGUAUGGCGAAGAUGAAGGUCGGGGAUUGCGCAUGGGAAAGCGAUUACUUCGUUCUCUGGCAUUGGUUUUUGGCUGUAUAGCUGUUUCAUCCUUGGGUUAUACAGGAAUACUGAACCUGAUUGAGUUCCUCGGCCUGUAUAUUCCUUUAUUUCUAUAUAAUAACCAGGAGCUGAUUGUUACCACGGCAACAUCAAUCCUUUUGUACAUCAUGGCUUCGUACUACCGAUGAUGACGACGACGAUAGCAGCAAUGUCGAAUCUCUUCUGGGCUAUUGAAUUGAGACGAGAUAUUUUACUUGCUCUUAAGAUUCUCCCUCCUUUGUAACUGGCGAAAUUCACAUGGAAAAUGAUCCCGGAUUAAAGCUUUUCUUUAGUAUUAGUCUUUAAGUCUUGUAGCAUCUUUUUUGCACCGUUCACAUUUCCUGGCUGGCGCAUAUUGCCUGUUAGUUUUGAAGAGGUCAUAACUUGUUUUAUGUUUUGCGUUAUUAAAUGAGGUGAACAAAUGAAUCUGGCAAUUCUUGGGGGAAUGUGGUUUUUGGCACUCUGAUGCUACAUCAUAGAGAAGCAGCUUCUAAUGUUAUUAUAUAAACCUUUCUUGUAAUGAGAAUUUUGUGUUGUUGUCACGCGUAUAAAUAGUCAUGUGCUAUGAAACGUAA